AAGAAAAACAAAAUUUGUUUUGUGCCUGUGUUGUAUUUUUUUUUUGCAAAGAACAUUCUAAAAACAACUAAUAAAAAUAUUUAUUUAAUUAUUAUUACUGCAGUUAAUUGGUUAACAUUUUAUUAUUUAAAUGUUAUGUGUAAUUGUUGUUGUUACAUCCUGUCACUGAGUAGGAAAACAAAAUAGAUUUUUGUUUUUUUUUAUUGGAGAAAAAGAAAAAAAUAUAUAAAAUAAAAUGUUAAUGCGAGCUCAGCAAUUUAACAAUUUGGACUAUCGUCGUCGCCAAAUUGAUACUUUAAAAGUAUUCAAUGACAAUGUGGUGGAAGUCUGUGAUUUGGAAGAAUAUUGCAUACAUUUCGAGUCAGGAGGACGCAAUUUUAUAUUAUCCGUUUUGUUGGGCGUUAACUUUCCCAAUGAGAAACCCAAACUAGUACUCUCACCCUUAGUGCAGCAUUUAUGGGUAAAUGCCUCAACCGGUGAAGUGGAAUCAGCACCUGGCCUGUUAAAUUAUUCCCCGCACUCAGAUUUGGGCCGUGUGGUGCAGGCCGUUAUCCGAGAGUUUGAACGUUUUCCCCCACCUAUUAUUAAGGCCAACAGUCCUAUAAAUAUUCCCACAUUCAAUAGUUCUGCACAGCAAACAAUGCUGCAGCAGUCUCAUCAUCAUUCCCAUCCACAUCAUCACCAUCCCUAUCCCUUACAAGUGGCCAAAUCAUUGGAUAGUGGCACCAGCAGUGGUGCCUCCAACAGUACCAGCAGCAGCAAAGAAACCUCUCCACACGAUCCCUCCAAAUCCACAUCACCCCGUCUAAAUGAGAGUAAUUUUCCAAAUCUAUCCACUUUAUCGUUGGAGGAACUCAAACAACUGGACAAUGAUCCCGAGUUCUUUGAUGAUUUCAUUGAGGAGAUGUCGGUGGUGCAGCAGCUGAAUGAGGAAUUGGAUUCCAUGAUAAAUCAGGUCGAAUCGAUUUCCAAAGAAAAUGAAACCAAGGAAACACAUCUGGUUGAACUGAAACGUAAACUAAGCGAUGAUGUGACCACCCUCAAGCAUUUGGGCGAGAAAUGUGAUCUAUUGAAUAAGAAAUAUCUAAAGAAAUCGGAGGAAUAUAAUCCGCAACAUAUAAGAGAACUAUUGCAAAUAGCUGCCUCAAAUGCUGACACCGAAUGUGAGCGUCAUGUGGAACAGUUUUUGAAUGGCAAAAUCGAUGUGCAGACAUUUUUGCAAAGCUAUACACAUUGCAAGAAACUGAGUUCGGAGCGCAAGGCCAAAGAGGAAAGAUUGGGCCAACAGUUGGCGGCCCUAGAAAGGGCAGGCAUUUAAAUAAAAUAGAUAAAAGCUAUUUCUACAUUUUAAGGUCAAGCUCAAUGUUGAAGAAAGCAUCUUAAAUAUGCAGUAGUUAAAAAUCUACAACAGCCUGGUGCUGGGCUUAUUAUUUAAUGUGUAUUGUUUCUAUUGUUGUUCUUUUAUUUUUAUUAUUAUUAUUCUACUACUAUUUCUCACUUAAUUUUAUUAUAUUUUAUUCAAAUCUCACUUGUUUUAUUUACCAUUUUAGUCCAGUGGUCUCUAGCUAAAGCAAAGAAUUUAAUAAAAUUUAAAAAAACAGAAA